UCUAAAGAUAGCUGCCCCAGCCUGGGACUCCAAACGCUGCUUGCAGCGGGAGCCACCAUGGCACGCCCCACCUCAACUCCUCCUCAGGCAGCAUGCCCGGACCCUGUGGUACGACAGGCCCAAGUAUGUGUUCAUGGAGUUUUGUGUUGAGGACAGCACAGAUGUCCAUGUGCUCAUUGAGGAUCACCGCAUUGUGUUCAGCUGCAAGAAUGCCGAUGGAGUGGAGUUGUACAAUGAGAUUGAGUUCUAUGCCAAGGUGAACUGCAAGGACUCUCAGGACAAGCGCUCUGGCCGCUCCAUUACUUGCUUUGUGAGGAAAUGGAAGGAGAAGGUGGCCUGGCCAAGGCUCACCAAGGAGGAUAUCAAGCCAGUGUGGCUGUCUGUGGACUUUGAUAACUGGAGGGACUGGGAAGGGGAUGAAGAGGUGGAGCUGGCUCAGGUAGAACAUUAUGCAGAGCUUUUGAAGAAAGUCAGCACCAAGAGACCUCCCCCUGCCAUGGAUGACCUAGAUGAUGAUUCUGACAGCGCUGAUACCACAAGUAAUUAACUUUGUGUGACAGAGCUGGGCUGUGGCUGUAUUCCAGUUUUCUGAAGAGUUAAAGCCUGGACCUUUGUCAGCUCUUUGACUGUGUACCAAGGCCCUCUAGGAUUUCUGGAUCAUCUUAGGAGUUCUUUCCUAAGGAUCUUCCGCAUGCUUUAUGUCUUCUUCCUAGGCACUUGACUGGGGUACUGCCUCAGGUGGCAAGACCAGGAGUGGACUGGAGGCUUCUGACUUCCUGCUGCUUGGUUUAUAAUCUCUCUGUUUGGGCCCCUUGAUUGUUGUGUAUGUGUGUGAAUUUGGCAGAGCAAAAGCCAAAGAUCAAACAUAAAUUAUAAUAAAUAUCUAGGAACUGUU